AUGAUGAAAGUGGUGGAAAAGGAUUACAUAUCGGAGUGUGGCACUGAGGUGUCAAUGUGUGAUAGGGACACAUUGGCAAGGGAUACAGGACCUGUGAUACCAGAUUACAUAGAAUUUGAAUGUACUAGAACGAAAAUGUAUAAAAUAGUCGCAGAAAGUUAUUGCUUAAAAUCGCCAGAAUAUGCUCUACAAUGGGAAAUUAAACCCUGUAAAGUCGACUUGAAUGUCAAGUCCACAGUACCCGAAAUCACAGGAACUAAAGGCCUAAAAACCAUAAAACACGAAGCAACUUUACACACUUUAAAAUAUGUCAGAAAUGGCCAUGGAGUUAGGGGAAAUACCUCAAAAUUCGGUCAAAUGUCAGAAAAUCCAAUUAAUAUGAGAAAUAUGUUUGAAGAAUAUUAUGAAGGAGUAAAAUACGGAGGAUAUAAACCUCCAAAAGUAUAUAAUUUAAACGGCGAAAAUGACCUAAACCAAUCACCAGAUAUGAACCAGUCACUAGACGUAGAUUCCAUAAAUGAUAUGGAAAAUUUCAUUAAAUACAUUAAUUCAAAUAUUGUCUAA